CCAAAUAUCUCUGAUUCUAGCUGGCUAACUAGAGAUAUUAUUAUUAUUAUUAUUAUUAUUAUUUAUAAUAAAUAAUAAUAAUAAUUAAUAAAAAUAAUUAAUGGGGGUAGAAUGGAGAAGCUGUUAUUUGGACAUAAUCUUGGUUCCAUUAGGGUUUUUGAUAAGCACUGGAUAUCAUGCAUGGCUUUGGCAUAGAGUUCGGACUCAGCCUUUCACUACUCUCAUUGGCAUUAACACUAAUGCUAGACGUUUUUGGAUCUCUUCCAUUUUACAGGAUAACGAGAAGAAAAACAUCCUAGCCGUCCAAUCAUUGAGGAACACGAUAAUGGGAUGCACCCUAAUGGCCACCACUUCGAUUCUACUCUGUACGGGUCUAGCGGCAGUAUUAAGUAGCACAUACAGCAUAAAGAAACCCUUAAACGACGCCGUUUACGGAGCCCACGGCGAUUUCAUGUUGGGCCUUAAAUACGUGACUUUACUCACACUAUUCCUCUUCUCCUUCUUCUGCCAUUCCCUCUCCAUCAGAUUCAUAAAUCAAGUUAAUAUUCUCAUCAACAUUCCCUCCGGCGCCGCCGCCGUCACCUCCGAUUACAUCUCCGAUCUCCUUGACAAAGGCUUCAUUCUCAACAUCGUCGGCAACCGCCUCUUCUACGCCGCCCUGCCGAUGCUCCUCUGGAUUUUUGGCCCUGUUUUGGUCUUCGUUUGCUCUGUUUCUAUGGUCCCUGUGCUUUAUAAUCUCGACGUCGUUUGCUCUUCCGCUACCCGAAAACGGAAGACGAUCGUCGCCGGUGAGGGCAAUGGCGAGCUUAAUAAUGUUUAGGAUUUGGUUUUUUUGUUUCUGUGGAUGUGAUGUUAUGUAUAAUGUGUGCACUGAAAUUUGGAACGGACUUCUGAAUGCAAAUAAUUGACAGUGCAAAUGUCGCUGAUUUCUCA